GCCUGUUCUUGCUGACGUCCCUCCCUCCCUUAUUGUCACCGAGGCUGAACGCAGCGAGGUUCCGUUUUCUCUCCUCCUUUUUUAAAAUAAAAGAAGAUCUUCUAACCUCUGAGAAACACAAAUUAUUUCGUUUUUGACACGUAGAGAACCGACUCCGGUGAGUUUCCUUUCCACCGCGACAAUGAGAGGAGCUAAAGGGCGGACUGGACCGAGGAGAAGAUCCGGGGGGACGGACUGACUCAGAGGCGGCCGCUUUCCUUUCACACACCCGCAGUUGGUCAUUGAUUUACAUCCCGAGGCCGAGGCUUUCCACCGGCGUCCACAAACGCAUCCUCAGCUGGUUCUGGUUCUCCUUAAUUAAUCGGAGCCGUGAUUUUUGCCAGGCUAGCCGGCUAACAGGAGGCAUUAACUCCCGGUUUCCCCCCAGAAUCAGCCCCCGGUUCCUCCUGGAUGUUGUGCUCGUUUUCGUCACCUCGGGAUGAUGCAGCUGAAUGGAAACCGAUGAUCUGGGUUUGUUUUAAAGGUCCGGCCCGGUUCUAGGGAGAUGAUCCGGUAGAGGUUGUGAGGUGGGGGUUUGGGGUGGGGGGUGGGAGGGGAGCUAAUCUAGAGGAGGGGUAUUUCUGCUGGAGACAUCAUGAGGUGGAGGUUACCGGUUUGUUUUUAACGGAUCACCUUAAUCUGGAUCACCGUCUGGGUGACCUGUGCUGCCUUCAUGGACUGUAAGAAAUGAGGAUUGUAAAGACUUUCUCCUAUUUCUCCUAACCCUGGAUUUCUUUUUGGUCUUGUUUGGAACAAAGUGUGAACAAAAGGAAAAACUGAUUCCCCAGUUAUUUUUAUUUAUCGCCUGGAGGACUCGCUCAGGGAAGAACAAUGUCUUUACGGACGGCACUGCCUGGGAACGACCGGAACCAGGACCAUCAUGCCUCCCUGUCGGCCAGCCGCUCGGAUAAAGGUACGGGUUGGUCGAGCCGCUCGCUCGGCGCCCGCUGUCGAAACUCCAUCGCCCUGUGUUCGGACGAGCUGCCGCACAUCGGGAACUACCGACUGCUGAAAACCAUCGGCAAGGGCAACUUCGCCAAAGUCAAGCUGGCCCGCCACAUUCUGACGGGCAGAGAGGUUGCCAUAAAGAUCAUCGAUAAAACCCAACUGAACCCAACCAGCCUUCAGAAGCUGUUUCGAGAGGUACGCAUCAUGAAAACCCUGAACCAUCCCAACAUAGUCCAGCUGUUCGAGGUGAUUGAGACGGAGAAGACUCUUUACCUCGUCAUGGAGUACGCCAGCGGAGGCGAAGUGUUCGACUACCUCGUGGCUCAUGGCAGAAUGAAAGAGAAAGAGGCCAGAGCCAAAUUCAGACAGAUUGUUUCUGCUGUUCACUACUGUCACCAGAAGAAUAUUGUUCACAGAGACUUGAAGGCGGAGAACCUGCUGCUCGACGCCGACUCCAACAUUAAAAUCGCCGACUUCGGCUUCAGCAACGAGUUCACUGAAGGCAACAAGCUGGACACCUUCUGCGGGUCGCCGCCGUACGCCGCGCCGGAGCUUUUCCAGGGGAAGAAGUACGACGGCCCAGAGGUGGACAUCUGGAGCCUGGGCGUCAUCCUGUACACGCUGGUCAGCGGGUCGCUGCCGUUCGACGGCCAGAACCUGAAGGAGCUUCGGGAGCGGGUUUUACGAGGGAAGUACCGCGUUCCCUUCUACAUGUCCACAGACUGUGAGGGAAUCCUGCGCCGCUUCCUGGUCCUGAACCCCGCCAAGCGCUGCUCCCUGGAGCAAAUAAUGAAAGAUAAGUGGAUUAACGUUGGUUACGAAGGCGCCGAGCUGAAGCCCCAUGUUGAGCCUGAGGAGGACUUCAGCGACAGCGGCCGCAUCGAUGUGAUCGUAGGGAUGGGAUUCGACAGAGAGGAGGUUCGAGAGUCGCUGGUUAAACACAAAUACAACGAGAUCACUGCCAUGUACCUGCUGCUGGGACGCAAGACAGAGACGGACGUCGCCGAGUCUCGGUCGGCCAGCAGCCUGAGUCUCGCUCGCAUCCGGCCCAGCGCCAUCACCAACGGGAUGAGCAAACACUCCACCUCCUCUUCCUCCUCCGGCGCUCAGUCUUCCUCCUCCGGUCACAAGCCUCAGCGAAGCGCCUCGACGUACCACCGCCAGAGACGACACUCCGACUUCUGCGGUCCAGCUGCUCCCGGGUCGGCUCACCCCAAACGGAGCCCCAGCGGUGUGGGCGAGGCGGCGGCCCUCAAAGAAGAGCGGCUCUCCGUGCGCAAGCCGAGCGGCUCCACUGUGGGCUCCCGUAGCAUCCCAACCCCGUCCAGUCCCAUGGUUAGCUCCGCCCACAACCCCAAUAAAGCAGAGAUCCCCAACAGACGCAAGGAGGUCAAUUCGACUGUGAACAACAUCCCUGCCAGUGCCAUGACUCGCAGGAACACGUACGUGUGUACGGACCGGUCCGGCGCCGACAGACCAUCGCUGCUGCAAAACGGCAAAGAAAACAGCACCUUAUCCCACCGCCUGCCGCCGGCCUCCCCCUCCUCCCACAGCAUUGCCGGCGCCUCCGGCGUCUCGUCCGCCACGCCGUCAUCCCGUCUCUCCAGAGGAUCCACGGUGAGGAGCACUUUCCACGGGGGUCAGAUCAGAGACCGUCGGCCUCCGUCUCUCGCCCCGCCGGCGUCCCCGACGCUGUCUCACGACACCAGCCCACUGCCCCACGUCAGGAGCCGGGCCCCAUCCAACCUGCUCAGCAAGAUCACCUCCAAGCUGACCCGCAAGGUCACUCUUGACCCUUCUAAACGUCCGAGCUCAAACAAGUCCGUGUCGGGCUGCACCCUCCCACAGGGGACAAAAACAGUUAGGUCACAGACCAACCUGAGAGAAUCAGCAGAUCUCCGGUCACAAGCCUCAGCCUCUCCAGCCCAGUCUCAGGGUAAUAGCAGCAGUCGCCAUCUAUCUGGGCAUCAAAAAGCGGCCGAGCCCCGGACCCCCCGAUGCGGAUGGGAUGUGAGGGUCCGGAGCCCCCGGGACCCGGCCGAGGUGGUUCUGGCCCUGCGGGAGGCGGCGCAGGGCUGCGGCUGCCAGGUCCACCUGGCCGGCCCGUUCCUCCUGUCCUGCACCCACGGCGCAGCUGGAGCCCGCGUGGCCUUUGAGGCCGAGGUCUGCCAGCUGCCCAACGGGCCGGGCCAGAGCGGCGUGAAGUUCAGGCGCCUGUGGGGGGCGCCGUUGGCCUUCAGAGACAUCGCCGCCAAGGUGUCGAAGGAGCUGGAGCUCCGAGGUGAAGCGGGUAGGUGACAGACUGACACCUCCAGGAAAACACCCGCAGCUCCCAGACUCUUCCCACUCACAGCCAGACGGACUGAAGAUGGCCCUUUGACCUCCGACCCCCGCUGAGCUCACACAUACACAGCUUGAGGCCAUAGAGUUGGACUUUCUUUUUUGCUCAGAUUUAACUUCAGGUUGCUGAGAAUGACGGAAAACUUGUUGUUGUUUCUGUCACUUGUCAUCAUUCCUUUUUAAAGAGCUGCUAUUUAAAUGUUUUUUUAAUUAUUUUUCUGUGUAAUCAGUUCAUUUUUCUUGCUUAGUGCUUUUAAAAUAGGAGGAAAUUGACGACUGUUGUCAAUAUUGGAAGCAGAUGUCACAGAGGAAACCUCCAGCCACUAGGGGGAGAGAUGCAGAAAUGCAGGGACUGCCAACAGACUAAAUGGAGCGUAGUUACGUUUCCUCUGUCUGGAUACCUGCUGAAACGUUUGCUCCACCAUUUUGUCAUGGUAAAAGUAAGUACACCCUCCUACAGCUAUAAAGUUUGCCAUAUAAGGAUAUAAUGACAAUGUUUCGGACUUUCAAAUUGUCAUUAUUUAUUAAACAAACAUGAAGCCAAGAUAAAAACAAUUUUAAGGGUGCAUUUAGUGCAUUUAGUUUUUCCACACAUCUUUCCAUUGGGGUUUUAUUUAGUUUGAUGUAUGUUUACUGUCAUUUAAUCUUUAGUGUGAUUCUCUAAACUUGAGGUUUGAUGCAAAUAUUUUUGAAUCUAAUAAAGAUGAAAUCACUUUAUUUUGUCCUGUUACUUAAAACUCUAGAAUUAAAGGAGGGUGUACUUUCUGUUUACUGUAGUUAGAAAGUGAGCAAAACUGCAAAAUUAAAAAAAUAAUAAUAAUUGAAUUAAUUGAGCUCCUUUCCAACACUAAGCUUCAGUUAAUGGUGAAACUGUUUUUUUUUUACAUCAUUAUUAUUAUGAAUUACUUUUACAGCACCAAUAUAAUUAAAUGUGGAAAUAAUAAAAACAAGUUGGUUUACUUUGUUUUAUGUUAUAAAAACUAAAGAAAAUGAAUUCCUUCAGUAAUCUUUUAAAAAAAUCCAACAGCUUUUACUUCCAACUGCAAACUAAAUUCUCUCCCACAUCGACAUUAAACUGGCUCAGAGCAAAAUAGAGUAGUUGGUGCUUCCCUCACUUUGUUCAGUGUCCAGACUGUCUGAUCGUUGAUGUUUAGGGAAGAAAACCGCCACAAAGCCAAGGAUCGCAUGAUUUAGACCCAACUGGACGUCACCUGGUUAAGUUUUAAGAUUUCUGGAAUCUUUAAACAGAUUGAGUACAUUUUCUUUCAGGUUUUCAGUGUACUGAACAACAAUGACUCCUGGCAAAAAUGUUGAAUCAUGACACAUUGAGAAUGUUUUGCAAUGUAAUGAAAAACAUCUGAUAUGACCAGAGGUGGGCAGAGUACACAAAAAUUGUACUCGAGUAACAGGGGUAUUACUGUAACGUAUUUUAUUCAAGAGUAAAACGUAUUUGGGGUAAAAGCUUAAUAGUGGCGAGCUCUGCUAGCUGAAAAGCUAGCUGCGCUAACACUAAAGCACUAAUCAGAAACAUUAUUUCAACUAAAACUAUUCCAAUAUUUAGUGCCAGCUAAUGCUAGAGCACUAAACUAACAUGCUAUUUAGUGGAAGCUAAUGUUAACAUGCUAUACUAACAUACUUAUUGGAAGCUAAUGCUCAAGAGCUACACCAACAUAUUUUUAGUGGAAAUUAACUCUAAGGCUCUACACCAACAUGCUAUGGAGUAGAAACUAACACCAAAUAGCUAUGCUAACAUGUUAUUUAGCGGAAGCUAACAUUAUAGUUAGUGUAGCCAACAUUUUAUUUAGUGUAAGCUAAUGCUAAUGUGUUAGCUUCCACUAAGUAAAGUGCUAUACCUACAUGUUAUUUAGCUAAGACUAAAUAGCUAUACUAACAUGCAGUGGAAGCUAAUGCUAAAUUGCUACUCCAAAUUUUACCCAAACUAAUAUCACUCAAGUAAAAAAACAAAAAUUACGGUACAGUAAAACUACUCUUCAAAGUAUUUUUUCCCCAAAAAAGUUACCCAAAUUAAAUGUAAAUUUAUGGAGUUACUACCCACCUCUGUGUACAACAGUUGGUUAUAAUUAAUGGUUUUUCUUGAUCUACUCAGUUUUUUUCUCUCUGGGGAAAUUAAACCAUUUUCUAUUAAUUAUAUUAAGGUCAUUCGUGGUUUUUCAGGUUACAAACAUGCUUGUUUUUUUUUUUUAGAUCGAUUAUUAGACAUCCUCCAUGAGAAGUGCUUCCAUAAUUUUUGCCAAGAGUUGUAAAUCUAAGCUGUUUCUUGAUUCUUUUCCAUAAAAGCUGUAGAUUUUCCCAGCACUGCUGGUAUGACUGUUCCCCCAGUGGAUUAAAGUUACAGACUGUUAACCAAUCAGAUUCCUGAUUCAAAAUGCCAAGCUCAAACAUCCAAAUCUCUGGCAUCACUUUGAUGUAACAGGUAUAAAACAUUCUCCAUUUUGUUUUAUUUUAGGUUCUUUAUUGCUCAUCUCUAAGAAAAUCUACCAAUGUUUGUGGAGUUUCUCUGAUUUCUGGUGUCCCUCAGUGUCUGAAAAUGUCAAGCUGUGAUUUAGAGGCUAUUUGUUCGACUUUCUGUUUGUUUACUGCUCUGCCUCAUCGCCCCAAAAUGUUCUCAGACUAAUCCAUGCUUCAAGACCACUGAUUACUUAAAUCCAACGUACCGCCGGCUGAGACACCAGAAACGACCGACUUGCAGUCCUGCAUGUCUCCUAGGAUAUAAUGUGUGACACAAAAUAAAAACCUUCAACCUCUGA